UAUAUAUAUAUAUAUGUGUGUGUGUGUGUGUGUGUGUGCGUGUGUGCGUGUAAGCCUGAUGAAAUGCCAGGAUUGGGCUACCUCCAGGGAGAGCCUCUCCAUCCUAUAAUGUGAGGUGGCCAGCAGCACUGUGGGGAUCAGGGAGAAGCUGCAUCCAUCAAGCUACGGGCCUCCGGAGGACCAGGCGUGAUCCAACGGGAGGGCAGAUUUAACAAAAAAAAUAAUACUUCUCUGCUGAGGAGAGAAGCCAUUGUCGUCAUCCAUCCGUUUUUUUUUUCUCACUCCGUGAGCCCCCUCCUUCCUCCUCCACCUCCACUCUUCUUUAUUUCCCCAUUCUUCAUUCAUUCCUCAUUCUUCUAGAGGCUCUCGUUGGAAUAUCAAACCUCCAUGUAUGACAAUUUGUACCUGCAUGGAUUUGAAGACUCGGAAGCGGGCUCAGCUGAUUCAUAUACUAGUAGACCAUCAGACUCAGAUGUCUCUCUGGAGGAGGAGCGGGAGGUCCAGGCUCAGGUCCAGAGCCAGAGCCCCAGCCAGAGCCAAGGACCGGCACAGACCCGCCAGGAGAGGGAGCAGCAGGCCGCCAUUCAGCUGGAAAGAGCUAAGGCCAAACCAGUGGCAUUUGCUGUAAGGACCAACGUCAGCUACUGUGGUGCACUGGAUGAGGAUGUUCCAGUUCCAGCCACUGCCAUCUCCUUUGAUGCCAAGGAUUUCCUCCAUAUAAAAGAGAAGUUCAACAAUGACUGGUGGAUAGGUCGGCUAGUGAAGGAGGGCUGCGAGAUCGGCUUCAUCCCCAGUCCUCUGAAGCUUGAGAACAUCCGGCUCCAGCAGGAGCAAAAGAGAGGACGAGUUCAAGGUAAGUCUGGAGGGAACUCUUCUUCCAGUGUAGAGGAUGAGGUCUCUGCCUCUAUCCGACCACUCAUUUCAUCAGCAGGAAAGCAGAAACAGAAAGUGAUGGAGCACAUCCCCCCAUAUGACGUGGUUCCCUCUAUGAGGCCUGUGGUGCUGGUGGGACCCUCACUCAAGGGUUAUGAGGUAACAGACAUGAUGCAAAAAGCAUUGUUUGACUUCCUCAAGCACAGAUUUGAUGGCAGGAUAUCAAUAACACGUGUCACAGCAGAUAUAUCAUUAGCCAAGAGGUCAGUUCUCAACAACCCCAGUAAAAGAGCCAUCAUUGAGAGGUCCAACACUCGCUCCAGUUUAGCGGAGGUGCAGAGUGAGAUUGAGAGGAUAUUCGAGUUGGCCCGCUCCCUGCAGCUGGUGGUGCUGGACGCUGACACCAUCAACCACCCGGCUCAGCUCCUCAAGACCUCACUGGCCCCUAUCAUUGUUCACGUGAAGGUCUCCUCACCAAAGGUCCUGCAGAGACUUGUCAAGUCCAGAGGAAAAUCCCAGAGCAAACACCUGAACGUCCAGCUGGUGGCAGCAGACAAAUUAGCCCAGUGUCCUCCGGAAAUGUUCGACAUCAUCCUGGACGAGAACCAGCUGGAGGAUGCCUGCGAGCAUCUGGCUGAAUACCUGGAGGCCUAUUGGAAAGCAACCCAUACCUCAAUGGCGACACCACUAAACCCCCUGCUGGGACGCAACCUGGGACCCACCACCCUCACCCCCUACCCCACCAGCAUCUCUGGACUGCAGAGCCAAAGAAUGCGACAGAGCAACCACACGGGGGAUCACUCCACCCCGAAUGAACGACGCAACCUGAUGACGUCGGAUGAAAACUACCACAACGAGCGGGCGCACAAGGGACGCAACCGCAUGUCGUCCGGAUCGCAGCACAGCCGAGAGCAGCAAGACCCUUACCAGGACUACCAGGACCCCUAUCAGGAUGCAUACAAACCACAUCGCAAUCGCAGUUCACCGGGCAGCUACAGCCAUGACUCCCGGCACCGGCUCUGAGCCCACCUCCCCCUCUCCCACUGAGGCCCAGACGGCCCACAUUCCACCCCAAACAAACACUGCGGCGGAUACAAGAUGGUCCCUAAUUGUACCUUUGUGUUGAUUUGAUUUGUUUACCCGGCUUGAAUUAUCUUUCCAAGUCAAACAAAGUCAUAUUCAGAUGUCAGGUAAUUGUUUUUUUUUUGUUUUUUUUUUAAAAAGAAGCUGCAGGGUGACCCCGUCAGUCAACAGCGUGAGAGGUCAAGAGGUUCAGGAAGCCAAUGUUAACUUACGCUGUCAAACAAAUAACUUCAAUUGAUGUGAGUGGGACCUUUUGGAAUUUGAACUAACAUGAGGCUCAGCAGACGUGCAGCACAGACUGAGCUUGCUGACUGACUGUGUCAGCAGGCUAAUUCUGGACACUGGUCAGAUGGUGAGACGGUGCGUGGGCUUCUAAAUGCCUGGGACAUCACACUGGGGACCAGUCGGGAGGGGAGGUCCACUGCACACAAGACUGCUGAAAGCUGCUGACCCUCGUCCUGGGUCAUGUAUAAAUCCUCUCUCUCCAUUUAGCUUCUUGCAUGCUGAUAGAUGACCAAACUCCGCAUCCACUUCAUUUGAUAUUUUCUACCCAGCGUUGUGGAAUCUCACAUGAAAAGGAAGAGAUACAGAGGUCCGAUUUUCUGAAUCACCUGACCUGGUCUGUGGCAGAGAGUGCAGGCUGCUAGUUCAAAAAAAAACAAACAAACAAAAAAAACUAAACGGUGCUUCAAAUUCCCAAACUAUUUUGCUAUUUGAGCGUCACUUUGAGCACGGCCAGCUUUUCUGUAGCAUAGCUUUAGGAUUUCAUUUGGGUGAAGACCCUCACCGUCAUAAACGGAAGGUGAUUGUGAUGGUGCUGGGAUCAGAGCUUAGUUUACACUGUAAGGGAAGGCAAUAUGCUUCUGUUUGAAACAGUUAGCACUUAGAAAAGGAAAUAGUUGUGAUAGAAUAGUGAAAUAUAAUAGCAUUUGAGAUGCAUUUGAUGUUAUUGAGAUGUGGACUGGCAUUAAAACCAAGCUUGGGUUGUUCUGUCUGACAUUUUUUUUGUCCCUGACAGUGUGAAGCUUAAGAUUAGGGAUUAUUAUUGUUUUUUUUAUAUAUAUAUAUACAUUUAAGGUAAAACAUUAAUGUCGGUUACCAAGUGAAUAUGAAGUCAGUGUUCCUUCUGUUGGUUUUAGGGCACUUGAGCAUUAAAAAUGUGACAUGGCAGGAUCA